ACUGGGGAAGAAGCUUAUACGGGAUAGAACUGAAGCGUGGGAUCCUGGUAUUCGCAACUGAACCACGAAAUAAAGGAAGCAGAAUUCUGGUCCUUGAAAUUUAACUGUGACUUAAUAGGAAAUUCUUAAUUAGUGAGAUCAAGAUGGAAAGCUCAAGUUCAGAGGAAGAAGAAGAUAAGUCUUCGGCCCAACGCAGAAGUCAGAUGGAUCGAUUGGCUCGGGAAGAAGCAUUCUAUCGAUUUGUGAAUAACCUGAGUGAAGAAGAUUACAAGCUUAUGAGGGAUAACGAUUUGCUAGCCACCAUAGGUGAAAGUACAGAAGAAGAACUGAUGAGAAGACUACAACAAAUUAAAGAGGCUCCACCACAGGAAUUGGGUGAAGGAAACUCUUCAGAGAAUGUAUCUAGUGAUGAUUCUAUAGUAGAGUGGAUUACCACUUUUAGACAAACUGAAAAUAUGACAGAAAGGGAGCAAGGAGAUAAUCAAUCUUGGACAUCAACAAGUUCAAGUAAUUCAAGCAGUAGUGAUUUUGGAUGUAGUGGAGGAAUGAACUUUAACCUUCUUAAUAGAAGCCCAGAUCAAGAGACUGGACAUUUAACCUUUGUAAGACUUCUUGAAAGAGAAUAUACAGAAAACAGUCAGAGGCAAGGGGAAAAUCCACUAUCAGAGUCAACAGAAACAAGUUCAUCUAGAUCCGAAGAAAAUGCAACUGAAGCCUUUAUGGAGGUCCCACCUACCAGAGAUCAGAGAAGAUCAAGAAGCAGAAGCCCAGAAAUACGGAGAACCAGACCAAGAAUUGAAAGGAGUUCACCCCCAUAUAGACAGCAUGAAAUGGUAAUGAGAUUUCAUUGCUGUUCAUCACCUGAGAUUUUUGAACAUAUUCAGAUAAAUGAGCCUGAGAUAUUUGCUAGGAUUCAGCAGAGUGGGGAGUUGAGAGGACAGAUAACCAGACCUGAAUUGCGAAGUCAGGAUCUUCUUUCAGCUUCUGCAACAGAGAAUGCCUUUCCAGAAGAAUAUUUUUCAGAUACAGCCAGCAACAACGAAUCUGAGGGAUUCAGACCAAGAAAUCCAACCACAUGCAAAAACAGAGAGAGACAAUUGGAAAAUCCACCACAGUCAACAGUAACAAGGUCUUCUAUAUCAGAUGGAAGUGUGACUGAAGCAAUCAUGGAGGUCCCACCUACCAGAAGUCAGAGAAGAUCAAGAAGCAGAAGCCCAGAAACUCGGAGAACCAGACCAAGAAUUGAAAGUAGUUUAUCCCCAAAUAGACAGCAUGAAAUGGUAAUGAGAUUUCAUUACUGUACAUCACCUGAGAUUUUUGAGUGUAUUCAGGUAAAUGAGCCAGAGAUAUAUGCUAGAAUUCAGCAGAAUGGGGCAUUGAGAGGGCAAAUAACCAGACCUGAAUUGCAAAGUCAGGAUCUUCCUUCAGCUUCUGCAACAGGGAAUGCAUUUCCAGAAGACUAUUCUCCAAAUACAACCAAUGACAAUGAGUCUGAGGGAUUCAGACCAAGAAAUCCAAUCACACUAGAAAACAGAGAGAGAGAAGUGGAAAAUCCACCCGACUCAAUAGUUACAAGGGCUUCUAUAUCAGAUGGAAGUGCAACUGAAACAUUCGUGGAAAUGCCAUCUACCAGAGGUCAGAGAAGAUCCAGAAGCAGAAGCCCAGAAACUUGGAGAACUAGACCAAGAAUUGAAAGUAGUUCACCUCCAAAUAGACAGCAUGAAAUGUUGAUGAGAUUUCAUUAUUGUACAUCACCUGAGAUUUUUGAGUGUAUUCAGAUAAAUGAGCCAGAGAUAUAUGCUAGAAUUCAGCAGAAUGGGGCAUUGAGAGGGCAAAUAACCAGACCUGGAUUGCAAAGUCAGGAUCUUUUUUCAGCUUCUGCAAUAAGGAAUGCCUUUCUAGAAGAAAAUUCUUCAGACACAGCCAGUGACAAUGAAUCUGAGGGAUUUAGACCAAGAAAUCCAACCACACUUUUUGAUGAUCAUCCUAGAGAAUUUUUGCUGAGAGAUAGCAUAGCUAGUAGAAUUCAGUUAAUACCUGAGACACCAAACAACACUGUCACUUUAGAAAAUUAUCAGGAAGAAUUCAGAAGUAGGUUUUCACAUUCUGAGCAGGAAAGUAUGAGAUUUUCUGUUAAUACCAUUCGAAUACCUGCACCUAUUGCAAAUGAGACAACAUUAUGGCAUAUGACAGAAUUUGAUGAAUCAAGUGACCUCUUGGACAGUGACAAUCAAUUAGAGCCUAGCAGCUCACUCCUAAGUCAACACAUGGAAAAGGAAGAGUCACAGAAUGAAAGAGAUGAUUCUUGUGACAGUAUUAUUUCUAGUUCUAACUCAGAUCCUAGCUGUGAUUCUCGUUCAAGUUCCCCAGCAAUUUCCAGUUCAAGCAGCAGCUACUUGUCUAGUUCCAGUCCCUUUCUUACAUCCAGUUCCGGCUCCAGUAAUGAUGAUUCAGAAAUUAUCUCAGUGAUAUUUGAAGGCAAUAAUGCAAUAAAUGUAUCAUCAAGUUCACCAUCACAACCCAGGCAAGAAAGUCAACGGACAACACCAGCAACAUCUGAUGAAAGUGACUCUUGGCCCUUCCUAGCUCAGUUUUUCAUCUUAAAUGAAGAUCAUAACCAGCCUACAGGACUUACCAAACAACAGAUUGAUGACUUCGCAGUAAGAAACGUUGGAAAGGAUGAUGCAUUAAAAGCCUGUAGUAUUUGCCUUACAGAAUUUAGAGAAAGCAACAAGAUCCGCAUACUACCUUGCUCCCACGAAUAUCAUAUCCACUGCAUCGAUCGCUGGCUGUCUGAGAACUCUACUUGUCCUGUUUGUCGCAGAGAACUAACAGAUUCUGAUGGCAGAAAAAAUACUAGUUGAGAUCUGAAUAUUCAGCUAUAUAAACUGUUAAAGUGAUGGACAGUCACUAGUUUCAUGUUCACUUUUGGAGCAAUGUUUAAAAUAACCACCUAAAUUGAAUCUUUGGUUCUGUAAGGAACAAUUUGCUUGGUUCUGUAAGGAACAAUUUGCUUUCCACUCUCUCUGUUUGAGAAUAAAAGAAAACAUUAACAACUUGAA